AUAACUCUACGUCUAAGAUGAAAUGACUAAGAUUUCUCAUUCUCUCUUCUUCCCUCGUCAGUGAGCAAACUAAAGAGUAGAGAAAGAGGUCAAAUUUGAAAUAUUUCUUUUUGGUUCCCAUAAAUAAAUCAAUUUAGUGAUUGACAAUAUUGUGAAUAGAAUUAGGGAUUGAAAUUCAGUUACCUGAAAAGGUGAAGCAGCUCAGAUAAAUUUGUGCUGUUACUGAUAUACUGGAACCCAAUGGCGGACGAAGAUUUACCACCUCCAGUGAGGUUGAUGAAUUUUGUCUCUGAAGAACAGUUGGCAGAACUGAAGAACACUCGUGGUGCUCGGGUUGAAGACGGAACUGCUCAGAGAGAUCGCCCUCUUUAUGAGAUCUUGAGGGAGAACAAGGACAAGAAAGAUGCUGAAUUUAACGAACGAUUUAAACACCGUCCACCCAAAGCCUUGGAUGAGGACGAGACCGAGUUUCUUGAGAAGCUUGAUACGUCAAGGAGAGAAUAUGAGAAGCAAGUGGCGGAUGAAGAAGCUGAGCAGCUGCGAAGUUUUCAAGCUGCUGUUGCUGCAAAGUCUACCAUUGUACAGGAAAUCAAGGAGAUGCCUCCAGUUCCUAAAGUCCAGGAGCAGACAUUAAUUGGGAGGAAGAAUCCUCCAGCUAAUCCAUUGGGAAUGAUUGUCAAAGUCAAGCCACAAGCAAAGAAAGCUAAGAUGGAUGUGGUAACUUCCGAUACUUCUUUGACAGCUACAAAAACAUCCAAUGAUGAUAAGAAACAGCCUUCAUUAGAUGUUGAUACCGUAUCCAAAUCUGGAACAGAAGAAUCCCAAAGAUAUGUGAAAGGACCUAUAGCCAAUGCUGACAACCAUGAACCAGUUACCCUAGGUAGUUUAGUUUCAUAUAGUGAUGAAAGUGAUGAUGAUUGACUGUGGCAUGUUGAUAUAUCAAUGAGAAUUUGCCUUGGUUUAACUACGUGCAGACAGGAGCUAAAACCAAACAAACUCACUGUCACAUCCUUUUUUCACGUGUUCUACCAUAUAGAUCCGAAUGAUCACCAACUCUUUUCUUCAAGUACGUACAAUAUUAAAUUUCUGUUAAAGAUACCCAUGAUUUUUGUAGUAUGGUUUAAACAGUGUAGUCAUCGUGGGGUAGGUUUUUGCUUUUUUGGAGUAAGGAUGAAGCCACCGAGGAUUUUGUACACUUCUUAGAACAUAUAACAAUUGAAGUACCGUUGUUAUCAAGAAAUUUGGGUUGUCGUGAUUGUA